AUGGGUCCUAUUAUUCGGUUGUUGAGAGUUUGUGACACUGAUGAAAGGCCUUCUUUGGGGUAUGUGUAUGAAGGUAUGUUUAGAGCAACUACUGGAAUCAAGAAGUUGUUCAGGAAUAAUAAAAGGCUAUAUAAGCCUUACAUUGAUAUCAUCAAUGACCGAUGGGAUAGGAUGUUGAGGAAAAAUUUGCAUGCUACGGCAUAUUUUUUAAAUCCCUCUUUUCAAUAUGACACUGCCACAUUCUCUACACAUCCAGAAAUUACAAAUGGUUUGUUAGAUUACAUAGAAUCAAAUGUGGAUUGGUGCAGUGAGAAAAAUUUAACAAAAGAAAUUGGAAUGUAUCGAGAGCGGGAGGGAAGUUUUGGCAGAAAACUUGCUAUUCUUACUAGCAAGAAAGAUAGACCAGAGAAUUGGUGGAAACUCUUUGGUUGUGAUGCUCCCAACUUACAAAAACUUGCAAUUCGGGUUUUGAGUCAAACAGCUUCUUCUUCAGGAUGUGAGCGUAAUUGGAGUGUUUUUGAACGUAUUCAUAAUAAGAAAAGGAAUAGGUUGGAGCAUCAAAGGCUCAAUGAUCUUGUAUAUGUGCAUUACAAUUUGCGUUUGCAUAAUCAGCAAAAGAGAUCGUAUGAUCCCGUUGAUUAUGAGUCAAUUGACAAAACAGAAUUCUGGAUGGUUGAAGAAAAACAAGAAGGGGAGCUUGAUUAUGAGGAGUUAGAAGAAGAACUUGAAGAACCUCCAAUUCAUGGUCAAUGUUCAAAUUCUGAACAACUUGAAGAUGAUGGAGAUGAAGCAGAAGAUGUUGAUUUAGAAACAUUUCAGCGUCAAAACUUUUUUAAUGAUGAAGAUGAUGAUUGGCAUUAA